GUUCCGGUGCAGUGAAGUUCCGGUUGUUCCAACUUAAGAUGAGAGCUGUUAAUGGAAGGUGUGUUAUAUCAGCGUUCUUUAUUCUAUGAUAUCAGCCUUUAUCGUGUUAUUGGUGUGACCUCGACCAGCGUUUGAGCCUGGUUCUUGUUCAAACUUUUGCAGUUUUGUACAGUCAUGGUGAAGAUCAAAGUUCAUUGUGAAAACGCUGUUCAGUUUCUCGUCGAAGCUUCUCUGUGCACGACGUUGGACGCACUUGUGCAUGACCUCACGUAUAUAUACAACGGAGUUCUGGCUAUUCGUCAAGCCGCAGCGAAUAUUGAAGGCUUUGCUAGACGGCUCGCCGUACACACCGAGGAGCCACCGGAUACACCACCACCACACUCGACGCUGGCUGAGCCAAGCGUGAUCCUAAUGAAAGUAACGGCGGAAGCAUUGGCGAGGGUGUCAAGUGCCCAGAUGGAAUCCGGGAAAUGUCUCACCAAGGACAUAAUUAACACCACGAAGAAAAUGCUAAAGGAAACUUUAUCCGCCCUCGAGCUUCCUGAAGCAGCAGAAGAGGAGCGAAAACCGCUGGUAGUAAGCGUGGACAACGGGGAGAUUGAUAAACCUCUCUUCCAUUGCGAUGCAAAACUUUGGUGGGCGGGAAAAGAAUUGUGUCGUCAAAAUGAACUGCGCAAAUAUUUUGGAAAUAACGAAAAAACGACAGUGACUGUCACAUUGUCCUCACAAGCGCCUGCAAGAAACAAAGCUGCAGAAGCGCAAUUUAAUGAGUACCUGCUUUUUCGAACGAAGCGGCAAAAGGAUUUUGAAGAUCUUGAUCCAGAUGAUGAAGCUGAGGCGUAUGAUAGAGAAUAUUUGCGGAAGUCUGUGCAUGGUCUCAUGGACAUAAAAUGGAAGCCUUAGCUGAUACUCGGCUGAUACGGAGUCACCUGGUGCAUAUGAUGAUGUCCGAUAUGUUAUCCAACCACUGAUGUCAUGUGCACCAUGCAGCGAUUUGCGCUAACUAUUAAUGUCCAACUUUAUUAUUAUUAUUAUUAUUUGUGCCGUACUGUCAAAGGUUGGAACAUAUAAAACAUGUCACAGUAACCAACUUAUGUACUUCUAUUUUUUAUUUGUGAAGUAACAUGCUAAAUUCAGGAACUUGAACCAUGCACUAUGUGAAAUAUGAAAACAUCUUUAUGGACACUGACAUUGCAGAAAGUGAAAAAAAAAAAAAAAAGCUGCAUAUUCUUUUUUAAAUAUAGGAACAGUUAUGUAUGUGCUACAGGUAAAAAUUGUACAUCAGUAGGGGAAAAAAUGUAAUUGAAACAUUUUAACUAUAUUAUUAUUGAGACUCUCAAACAUCUCGAAGGCGAAAUUCAUUAACCACCUUCCGUGUGGUAGGAAUCUAAUGUGACAGUGUAUGCAAUUUCUUUUGUCAACAAGGAAGGUGUCGGGAUGCUUCAGCUGUUUUUAUAUCCCUGCCAAGUUUUCGUAUAAGACUGUACUUGCACCUUUUUAUACACAUUUCUUCAAAUACUUUCAUGCCAUAUUUUAUUUCAUUUUCCAACUUUUUUUUUCUACAGGAACACAUGUCUGGAAUUAUACUCUCAAUACACCACCAUUAGGAAAUCAUGUCACAUUUUGGAGCCGACAUUAUUUAAUGCAUUUAACACUACCUUUGCAUUUCCAACUCUCAAGUGCCACUUGCUGUGCACUUCUCCGACUAAAUUUAUGGAUAUGCAUAAUUUUAGCAUCGCCUUAUGCGAAAAUAAAAGCCCCUACACAAGAUGAAAUGCCACUAAAGUAGACAAAGGUUGUCUGUGGAGCCUUCUGCAAUUCUGUAUAGUACCAGCCAAUGUGGCCAUAAUGUCGACAAUCCGCAUGCAAUUAAAUAGGCUAACCAUGA